UCCAAAACGGCCUUAACUUGCAAUGAUUACUAACUUAUUGUGUAAAUUGUUUACCAUAUGGUGAAAUAUUCUUCCUUUCGACAUAGACAACGCUUCAUUUUUGGCCAAUCGUAAAAAAAGUAUAUUAUGUGAAUAAAAUGAAAUACAAUAAAUGGUGAAUAUGAAAAAAAACGUUUCCUCAUACCUUAACAAUAAGUGACAAAAGCUUUUUAUGGAUCAAAAAACAACUAUGGGACCUUCCCCCUGUACAAGUGACGCAUGGACUUUCGCCUUGAAGGGGACUUUGCACAGCGUUGUCUAUAAGUAUAAGUCCGUUGCAAGACCGUGACACAUUCUGUGGUUUUCGUCGUUAGGAGGAGAAAGUAUUCGAAGUUGUGGCUAAGUUUGACAGUGUCUGGAAGCCCUGUUAACGCUCAUGAUCGUUUAAGUGAAGUGAUACCAAGUACUGGAUUUGAAGCUGCACUUGUUAGAUUGCGGACGUGACUGUUCUAGCAGCAAAAACGACCGGACCGGAGAAAGCAGCAAGCAAUCCUUCGCUGAGUAGCUUAUGAGUACCGGGUUGCACGAGAAAGCUGAGGAAGACGAAGAAAACAACGAAACAACUGGAAAUAGUAAGCGGCCGCCACCAUGGAGUCUCUGCAGGGUAACUCGCUAUCCCGCCGUAACAAGCUUUAUUUGAAGAUUAGUCAAAGUUUAACUGAAGACCAAGUGAAAAGUUUGCGAGAUUUGUUGAUCACUGAUCAUCAUAUUGCCAAAGGAAAAAUUGAAAAUAAGACACCACAUGAAAUGUUUAUUAUACUGGAGGCUGAUGGCAAAUUCGGUAAGGGAAAUCUUGGACUGCUCAAGGACCUGUUGAGAGCUCUUGAUGAAACACACCUAGCAAAGGAGGUUGAGGAUCUGGAGAGGGAUCAGAUGCAGAGAGACAUAUCCUUGUUACAUUCCAAGCUCGGUUUCAAGGUGGAGGAGCUGAAGCCGCCAGCAGGUAGGGAAACAGUCCAGGGCUCGUCCAUCCCGCUCAUCCUGCCAAACGACAUGAAGUACAACGCAGCCACGGGCGGAGUCGAGAAGGUUCGUGGCGCCCAGCGGACAAGCCUGCAUGUCGUUCCCGAGGCCUUGGCUCUACUGGAGGGGAUCCAGGAGCCCGUGAGCGUCCUGGCAAUCUGCGGGCCCUGUCGGACUGGGAAAAGCUAUAUCCUCUCCAGGUUACUUGGUACAGCUGAUGCCUUUGAGCUGGGCCAUUCCAUGGACCCCCAGACGUUUGGUAUCUGGAUGGGCACCAAGGUGCUGCGAGGGAAGGACUUCACUAUCGUGCUGCUGGACACAGAAGGAAUAGACACAGUAGGUGCCAGUGCAGGCCAGGACGCCAGUAUCCUUGUACUGAUCAUUCUGCUGUCCUCCCAACUCAUCUACAACUCCCAAAAUUUGCCGUACAAGGGAGACCUGGAGAAGAUGCAGUGUUUCAUCCGCCUAGCUAAAGGAGUCACAGUCAAACAAGGAGAGAAGAAGAUACAGACUUCACUGUUCCGUCAGUUCUUCCCAGACUUCCUGUGGCUGUUACGUGACGUGUCUCUAGAUAUGAAAGAUGAGGACGGUAAAGAAAUGGUUCCCAGCGAGUACCUGAAGACUAAGGUCCUUGCACGUGAUCCUGAUGAUUUUGAGGAAUCACAGAGUGAAAAAGUAGGGCGGGCCAUCCUAACAUUCUUCCCGUCGGUGGAGUGUACCACCUUGGAAAGGCCCUCUGGGGACAAUGAGGUGAUGAAAAACAUUGCUCAGCACACAGACAUCCUGAAUCCAAACUUCAACAAGGGUGUUCACACCCUCAUCGAGCAGCUGUUGCACAAUGCGCGCGCAAAGGGGUACAACAAGGCAUCAACUGUUAGUGGAUUGGCCCUCAGCAUCAUGGUUGAACGGUAUGUGGAAGCCGUCAAUGAUCCAAACUCCAUCCCUGCCCUGGACAACACCUGGCAGAACACCGUACAACUCCUGCGAGGCAGAGCUGUCGAGGAGGUGAUCGAUGAGUACAACCAACAGAUGCAAGCCAAGGUUGCUACAGCCACGAACAAUUGGCGGGAUCCAUUGGAAGAAUGUCCAGAAAAUGGAAUACUUCUCAAACCGGUGACCAGUGGACGUGGAGGGAAAGGUGCGGAAUACAAUACAAGGAAUCCUCCAAGCCAGCCUACCCUCAUCGACCUCCAUAAUGAGCUGUUGAACAAAGUCACAGGCAUGCUUCUGGAGAAGGUCGGCCAUUUUGGUAUUCGCUCAGAGGAGAGGAGCUAUGAGAACGAGAAUUUGAUUGACCAAAUGCAAAAACGCCUGGUUCAAAGAGAGGAGCGAACAAUUUCUUACGUAGCAGAAGACGGCAGCAACAGAAAACAGAAGGGGUUCGUCGUUAUCGGCGGGGAGCUUCUUCGCUACAUCCAACAGAACAAAUAACACUCCAAGACCUUCUGCCAGGAGCUCUUUGAACGCUUACUGGAGCCAAUUAGGAAACAUGUAGAGUCACCUCCCAAAGGCUAUGACUUCCAGCAGUUGCUGGGGGAACUGGAUAACGCACGCCAGCUAUAUAACGAGCAGGCACGUGGUCCGGAGAAGUGGAUUGUUCUGCAGGAGAUGACCCAAAACAUAGAGAAGCUGAAGACCAACUUUGAAAAGAUCGAUGGCUAUCAGAGAGCGAUAUUGCAGGAGCAACAGAAGGCACAUGAGGCAGAGGUUAUGGCUAAGGAGCUGACAAGAGAGAAGCAGGAGAUGCAGAGACAAGCCCGGGACAGGCAUCAAACUCAACAGGAAAAUCUGCAGAAAAUGGAGGAGUUUUACAAGGAGAAGAUUGAUGAGAUGAAACGAGAGAUGGAGGAGAAACACUUAGUUGCGCUCCAGAAGAUCCAGGACCUCCAUGCUGCAAAGAUGGAGCAACAGGCAAAAAUUGAAAGGGAGCGCAGUGCUAGGGAAGCAUCCGGUUUGAAGGACACAAUUAAGGAGGUGGAGGAGCAGCUGGCAGAUAUGAAAAGUCAGCUGGAUGAACUAAAGCUGAAACAACCUCCACCUCCACCUACAUCCCCAACUCCAAGUAAGUACCUGUAG